AAUAAAAUAAAUUAAACCAUUUUGUUUCAUCAGUCAGAUCCUUUUGAAUUCGCAUAUCUAUCACCCGAAAAGAAUCCCAUCAAAAAACCUUGAAAUUUAUGUAAGCAAUAAUUAAUUUAACACCAAAUUGAAAAUGGCCAAUUGUAUUCCACGUGGACAAGGGCCUGGACCAGGAGCGUAUUAUUUACCGCCGAUGGUCGGAUUUCCCAAACAUGACCCAUCAAAGUAUCGUAACCCGCAAUAUAGCAUGAGACCAGCUUGCCAAGGUGCGCUGCGCAACGUUGGACCUGGUCCAUCCUACGACAUCAGUAAUAUGACCCGUGUGGGCAAAACAGGCGCACCAGCAUAUUCUCUUAUUUCAAAAAAGAAAGAAACUUCUAAAUUUUCAACCCCUGGGCCGGGGGCAUACACUAUCUACGAAAAGAUGAAGAACCCAGCAUAUACAAUGUCUUCGAGGCAAUUAGGAGGAUUAAGAAGUGCUAGUCCCGGGCCUAAUCAAUAUAACCAACCAACUUCUUUGGGACCAAAAGUGCCACAUUUGAUAGCUGCACCAGCCUACAGCAUAAUUGGAAAAAAUGGCAUUUUAAUGAAAGGACUAUCACCAGGUCCGGCAAAUUAUCCAGGUGUGCCUACCGAAAACUAUCGCACUAAAGCACCAAGGUACACAGUUCCGGGUAAACUUCCCCCGGCCUUAAAGUCAGCAACACCUGGACCCGCAGCAUAUCUUCCCAACCCCCCGAAAGUAUGCAAUGCUGGCUACUCAUUCGGUUUAAAAGUCUGCGCAGCCCCUUACAUCACAGCUGAUGAUGAGCUACCUUGUAUCGUGCGGUAACAUCAAUCGACCAUGAUCACCCAUUACUCAUUAUCAAAUCCAAAUUGAAGAAAUACGUAACUUAGAAAAUACACCACACGUAAGACAUUGUCGUAUUGUAUUUAAUUGUGUGAGAGUUUAUUUGUCUUUAGAACUCAAUGUAAACACAUAUGUCUAAAAUCCUCAAUCAAUGCCAUUCAUCGUUACGUUGACAAAAUAAUGUGAGAAGGGUGCAUUGAUAACAGUGCGCAUUUCGUUGUCAACGACAUGAAAUCAUUUUGCAUGUUUACAAGUAGGUGUUAUAAUAUGAUCUCAAAUAACUUAACUAGUUAACAGUAGAAACACAGAUUAACUAAAUUUGUACAACUGUAAAAAUUCUUAAGUCACAUGUACUGCAAUGUUUUUUGUCUUAAUUAAAUCGUGGAUAUAAAUAA